UUACAACAAAAAGUGUCACGCAAUCGUGGCAAGGGCCGUGGACGUGCUCGUGGAAGGGGUACAACCCGAAGGAAAACUGGUGCCGCGGCUGUGACGGCAGUCACGACAGAAGAGGACGAAGAGGAUGGUGAAGAUAGCGGAUCGGAUUAUGGUGCAUCGUCGAAGAAAAGGAGGAAGAGCGCCGCCUCGGGUAGAGGAGGGAGGGGACGUGGAAGAGGCCGAGGUGGUGCUGUGGCAAAAACAACGAGGAGGUCGCGAUCGAGUGAGUGUGCUUUAUGUUUGUGUACGGUUUUGAAUUAA